AGUCGCGUGAUUGCGUUUAGAUAGUAUUUUGUUUUCUUGCCUGGUGACCUUUGUCUCACUGACCUUUGUCUCACUGACCUUGUGCCGCUUCCCAUUUAACUGAAUAUCACGUGACAGUGAUCACAUUUCCCUCGCCGACGGGAGUGAAGAUCACCAUGGCAACCAGGUGGGGUAUCAUCAGCGCCGGGGGAAUAAGCAGCAAGUUCGUUUCGGCUUUGGUCAAACAGAACCCGAAUGAACACAAGGUCGUAGCCAUUGCAGCGAGAUCCAAGGAAAAGGCCCAAGCUUUUGCAGACAAAUUCAGCAUCCAAACAGCAUAUGGGAGCUACGAAGAAUUUGUUCAAAACCCAGAUGUUGAGGUCGUGUACAUCGGUUCGAUUCACCCAGAACAUCACAAACUGAGUGUUCUGUGUCUGAAUGCUGGGAAACAUGUUCUGUGUGAGAAACCCGUUACUAUGACAGUGGCGGCAGCUAAAGAAUUGUUCGCCCUCGCCAAAGAGAAGAAGCUCUUCUUCAUGGAGGGGUUCUGGACCAGAACCUUCCCUGUCUUCGACCAAGUUCGCCGGGAACUGGAAUCUGGAACGCUGGGGGAUAUCAAGAUGGUGACUGCCAAGUUCUGCGUCAACAAUUAUAGCAACGAAAGAAUUCACAAAAAGGAGCUUGGAGGAGGUGGGCUGCUCGAUCUUGGCUGCUACACCGUCAUGUUUGCUGAUUUUGUGUUCAAUGAAAAACCAGAGAAGAUUAGCGUUGAAGGCCAGCUUUCCGAGAGUGGAGUCGACAUCGGGGCUGCAAUCACUCUCAGGUUCAGUGGGGGUCGUAUCGCAAGCCUAGUGUACAACACCACCACGAAGCAUGGCGACAACGCAGCAACCAUACUUGGAAGUGAAGGAAGCAUCAGGAUCGAGCCACCAUUUUGGGCACCGACAAAGCUGUCCUCUCCAAUGGGAACAUUUGAUUUCAAGGAAAAUCUUGGCUUUCAAUACGAACAACGCUGUGUCAGAGAGUGUUUACAGAAAGGCCUGUUGGAGUGUCCCCUGAUCACCCACGAGAACAGCCUCAACAUCAUGGGAGUGAUCGAGACAGUGCUCAACGAACUUGGCGUCAAAUACGAUUUCCCGUACACAGUGUAAACCUUACAAUAUGUUCGGAUGUUCCAGAGGAUAAGAAUGUAUUGAAUCCGUGUUUUGUAUAAUUAUACCAAUAAAGGUUUAAUAACGGUGGAAA